AACCGACUGAAAACCAGAGCAAAUCAACCAUAAAGAGAAGAAAAUGAUCGGACAAAAACGAACGCACGUCUUGUUUUCCCUUAUAUACAAACCAACAUAAAUGUUACCCUCUGUUACCUAAUGCUUAUUUCGAUUACAUCUUGUAGAAGCAGUUGCUAACCUUUCGACAAUUUUGAUAGACCGUUAAUACCGUACGCUAGCUAACGUAAACGUUAGACAGACGGCGACACAAUUUAUUUCCUCCAGGCGAAUUUGUCUGCAAAACUACAGGCAUAGAAAUACCUCGGUGCUCUUAAUUUGUCAGAAGUCUGGUGACUUUACACUGAGGGAGAUCUCUAACAAUGGUUCAAAAAGAUAAGACGCUGGAGUCGCCUCAAGUGGAAGGUGAACCGAGCCCCAGCCCAGUCUCCGGAGAGGCUUGUGCAGAGGCCCCCGGCCCGGCGGAAGAGUCCGGCAUUGAAGUCGAACCGGCGGGCCACAGAAAAUUCAUCUGUGGAGUCGUGGAGGGCUUUUAUGGUCGACCAUGGACAAUGGAACAGAGGAAAGAGUUAUUCAGAAGGCAGCAGAAAUGGGGACUGAACACAUUCCUUUAUGCACCCAAAGAUGACAUUAAACACAGAAUGUUCUGGAGAGAGCUGUACUCGGUGGAAGAAGCAGAGCAACUGAUGACCCUAAUUGGUGCUGCUAAGGAGCAUGCGAUAGAGUUCAUCUAUGCCAUCUCCCCUGGACUGGACAUCACCUUCUCCAAUCAGAAAGAGGUUUCUGUACUCAAGAGGAAACUCGAUCAGGUUUCUCAAUUUGGCUGCAAAUCAUUUGCCUUACUUUUUGACGAUAUUGACCACAACAUGUGCCCUGCUGACAAAGAGGUGUUCAGCUCAUUUGCACACGCUCAGGUUUCCAUUACCAACGAAAUCUACCAGUACCUGGGAGAGCCCGAAACCUUCCUCUUCUGCCCCACAGAGUACUGUGGGACGUUCUGUCACCCAAAUGUCCCCCAGUCCCCCUACCUCCACACAGUAGGAGAGAAGCUACUGCCUGACAUUGAAGUGCUUUGGACAGGCCCCAAGGUGGUGUCUAAAGAUAUCACAGUGGAGUCAAUUGAGGAGGUGUCGAGACUGAUAGGAAGAGCCCCUGUGAUCUGGGACAACAUUCACGCCAAUGAUUAUGACCAGAAGAGGCUUUUCUUGGGUCCAUACAAGGGCCGCUCCACAGAGCUCAUCCCCAGGCUGAAGGGAGUCCUCACAAACCCGAACUGCGAGUUUGAGUCCAACUUUGUAGCGAUCCACACUCUGGCCACCUGGUACAAGUCCAAUAUGAACGGGGUGCGCAAGGAUGUGGUCAUGACGGACAGCGAGGACAGCACAGUGUCCAUCCAGAUCAAGUUAGAGAAUGAAGGCAGUGACGAAGAACUGGAGACGGACAUGCUCUACAGCCCACAGCUUGCUUUGAAACUGGCUCUCACAGAAUGGCUAGAGGACUUUGUUGUGCCUCAUCAAUACAACAGCCGACAGGUGCUUCAGAGUGGAGCCAAAAGCACAGCGAUCGACGUGUCAUCCAUGGCUGCUCCCUUGCUCUGCUCUUCCACAACAGUCACAACUGUGUUCCAGCAGCCCAUCAUGUCUCCAGCCAUGCCGCCUCUCUGUCUGGAUCCACUCUCACACCCUAUGGCAAAAAUACCUCUGGAGGUAGAGGAGGUGGAGGUGGAGAAGAAGGAUUCAGAUGAGGAGCCCAUGGAGAUGGUGGUUGAGAAGCUGGAUGAGCCAGAGCCAGAAGCAGAAGCCGACCCAGACGAGAAGCUGGUUGGUCCCAUCUUAGCUGACAAGAUGGCUGAGGACCUGAAGCCCAUGGAUACAGACAAGGAGAGUCUGGCAGAGUCAAAGUCUCCUGAAGAGUGUAUCCUGGAGGACCCUGGGUAUGACAUCGCCCCUAUGCAGACAGACGAUCAGCUCAAGCUGGUUCCGCGAACAUUUGAUUUGUUUGUGCCAGGGCUGGACGAGAUUCCCCUGUUCUCAGCCGAGCCCCUCACACUUGAGGACCUGAGCUUGCUGGCAGAGCUCUUCUACCUGCCUUAUGAACACGGACCCAAGUCAGUGCAGAUGUUAAAGGAGUUUGACUGGCUGAGAGCCAACAGCAGCGUUGUCAGCGUCAACUGCAAGAGAAAGGAAACUGAAAAGGUAGCAGAAUGGCAGUCAAGGGCAGAGAAGUUUGAGGACAUGUGCGGCUCAGUCAUCCAGAUGUUCACACGGCUGUCCAAUUCAGCCAACCGCACCAUCCUAUACGACCUCUACCCUUACAUCUGGGACAUCAAGAGCAUCAUUUCUAUGGUCAAGUCUUUUGUCCAGUGGCUAGGGUGUCGUAGUCAGUCCUCAGCACAGUUCCUUAGAGGAGACCAAGAACCCUGGGCCUUUAGGGGAGGUCUAGCAGGAGAGUUCCAGAGAUUGUUGCCAAUAGAUGGGGCAAACGAUCUUUUCUACCAACCUCCACCUUCAAUGCCGACCUCCAAAAUCUAUUCCCUAAGGCCGUACUUUCCCAAAGAUGAGACUGCGAUUUAUCAAAUCUGUAAAGAAAUGUACUCCGAAGGAAUGGAGGACGUACCAGUCUCUGACGAGGAUCCUGAUCUCAUAGGAGACAGGUUAGUAGGAGGUCUGCUGACACUCAGUUCAGACUACGGGUUCGUGCUGGAGGAUGAUGAAGGGAUCUGUGGUUAUGCUCUUGGUACUGUGGAUGUCCAGCCCUUCGUCAAGAAAUGCAAGUUGAACUGGAUUCCCUUCAUGCAAGAGAAAUACCUCAAACCUGACUGUCAAAAGGAUCUCACCGAGGCCGAGAAAAUGAUGCUGAGUUUCCACGAAGAGGAGGAGGGUCUUCCAGACUCUUUCCUCUCCAACUUCCCUUCUCUCAUCAAGGUUGACAUCCACGCCAAGGUCACUGACCCCAGUGUGGCCAAAAGCAUGAUGGGAUGUCUUCUAUCUUCUCUUAAGGCCAACGGGUCUCUCGGUGCGUUCUGUCAGGUCCGGCAGACUGAUAAGAGAAUGUUGGACUUCUACAAUAAGCUGGGAUGCUUUGAAGUGGCCAAAAUGGAGGGCUUUCCCAAAGACGUCAUCAUUAUGGGACGCAGCCUAUGAAGAAACGUCACGCUACAAUAACAGACGGACAGAGAGGCAGCAAGUGGAACGUGGCUUAAACAUGUUCGCUACCUUCAUGAGAAAAACUUCCAUGAUAAUUUUAUACUACAUUACCAUCUGGGCUAGCCCCCGGGAAAACCUCUUUUUAGGAUUUGUGUACAGAAGCACAGCAGUCGCACACACAGAUUCCCUGCGCUGCCCUUAGAUGUUAUGGCUCUAUUGGAUUCAGCAGAUCUGAAGCUAAAAGGCUGAGGGGUGGUCUGUCAUCAGUUGAGUUGAGCCAACAUGGAAGAGUGGCACUCUAGCAAUGAUUGUGGAGUCCCACUACUCGUAUACCUCCUAGAGGCAGGAAGUAAUAACUCCGUAAGCCUUUUUCUGAUUGAAUCCAGUAGUCACUACGUGGAUAUUGCCCGCAUGCCCUAAUGCAAAGUGUCUGUAUCUUAAAUGGAGGCAGAGCUGUGAAAUAAGGGCGGCCUGUAUCUCAGGUAGUGUCUUAUACUCCUGCACCCAGCUUUGACAGAGAGAAAUAACACAGCUGUCGACAUAAGUAGGACACCUUUAUACAGGAUGCGAGGUGCUAUGUGAGAGUUUGCCUUUCAUCAUCACAUCAUGGUGUUACCAGUUGCUCCACAAUAGACUUUGAGAAAGAGUUCUUUUAUGUGGUGUAUUUCCAUCAAAAAGUGAUGGGCAAAAGCUAAAUCUGCACACAUGAAGGGUCUAAAAUUGGAAAAUGGUAGCUUUUGGGGUUUAUGAAACCCUCAAAUAAAAGGUUGUCACCAGCGAUUAUGUGAAAUGUUUAUGUUGAGAUUGUUAAAGACUCAACCAGGAGGUCAUCUGUCAAAGAAAUUGAAGAUCUUUGGAAAGCGAUAGAAAAGCUUCCACAAGUUUACAAACAUCUGCAUUUUUUAUGCAUUUUAUAUAUUUUUUUAUAUAUAUAUAUAUAUAUAUAUAUAUAUAUAUAUAUAUAUAUAUAUAUAUAAAAUUCUUAUUCAUUCUUUUCUUUUUUUAUAAUUGUUGCUUAUUUCCCCUUUUAAGCUGUUGCCUUUUGGAUUUUAGGUUUAUAUUGCAGACCCUAGUGUCUUCUGUUUUAAAGGCUUUCUAAAACGUAGAAGUCGGAUAUAGAAGGGUGAUUUAGGACAUUAGCCUUGCUGUUGCUCAAAUUCCAGAGACGUAGCUUGACAUUGACAGGCUCAUGUCUUAGUUUUGAGAUCCCAAACGCCAGCACAGAAAUCCUUCCGUAAACCUAAGCUGACUGACGGGGAUAUCACUGAGAAAGUUCAGACUGCCUGGUUAAGUUACUACUUAAUGAAAGAAUGCACUCAAAUCAACAUUUUCUGAAAGCAGUACCCGUGGGACCAAAAUCUUGAUAUUCUGAUCUGCUUUUAAGUAGAAAAAUAUAACAUUUGACUGCCAAUUUACAUUGGAAUACAUGAGUUAAAAUAAGGAACCUAAAGACUUGAAAGCAUUAACCCUCCCACUGUCAUAAAGCUGCUUAGUUUUUUCCUUAACCACUAAUUCCAAACCCGACUAAAGCAGUAGGUGAUCUGGACUAUGUUCAACAGAUAUGCUUUACAAAAAAGUUAUAAUUUGCUUGACAUCGGUAAUAGAAAAGAAUCUAUUCACAUCUGUCAGCGUGCAUCCCUCCCUGUGUUUCAACACCGCAUACUCUAAAAAUGAAUGUCUUAGUGAGCAGUGUCCUGUCACCAAAGUGGCACCAACUCUCACACUGUUGAGCUGUAGUUGUGGGGGCUUGAAGCAGAAAUUCCUAGGCCUUUUCCUAUCUGUCCAUUGAAUGUUUUAUAUUCUGACGCAUUUCCCAUUUUGUUUUUGUAAAUCUUGUGUAGUUGAUUUAAAAAAAAAUGUAAAAAGCAAGAAAAAAAAGCACUUGGACUAUAGAUAGGAGUGUUCUGUUGGUUACAUGAGGAUCAUCAGUUGCUCUUCAGUAGCUGCCUGCUAAUGUGAUGUUUUGAUACUGUGUACAUUCAUAAUGUGGAUGAGGUGUAUUUGGAUUUGCCGUGGCGGUCAUUAGAAUAACCUCAUCUUGAGCUACAUAGAGGAAGAAGCAUGCCACUCCCCUCUAUGAGCAUGAUACUGUAGUUCGUAGACAGUCUGUAAACACUGUCAAUAAUAAAGUGUUAUUAUUUUGUAUAUCUUUA